AUGGAAUUUGCAAGCCGCUCCCACCACACGCAUCUUGUCCGCCAAAUCAAGCCUGCAUUGGGGUCGACGCCACCGUCUGCAAGCGUCCAGAUGUCCUGGCUCGCCGCAGGUGGAGUGUAUCUCUCCGGAUGCACGUCGAUUCCCGUCUCCCUCCAAGACAACCGCCGACCUCGUCUCGGACACUUUGCAUCUCGCCGCGUGCCAUGGCGACGACAAAAGCGAGCCGCGCGGCCAACGGCACCGUGCCGCAGCGCGUCAUUCUCGUCACCGCUCUCUCCAGGUGCCAACUCUGGCAUCGGCUACGACAUGACGGCCGCCCUCGUGGCCUCCCCCGAGAACCACGUCAUCAUGGGCUGCCGCAACUACGAGCGAGGCACGAGGGCGCUGCAGCAGCUGCACGCCCAGCCUCACGCGGGCUCCCUCAGCCUCCUCGAGGUGGACAUCACCGACGACCAGAGCAUCGGCCUGGCCGUGGACAAGCUGGCCGCCGAGUAUGCCGUCGUCGACGUGCUCAUCAACAAUGCCGGCAUCGUCAUGCGCAACUUUCCCGACCGCCGCUCCGAGAUCCUCGACACCAUGAACACCAACUCGGUCGCCCACCUCGUCUUCACCGAGGCCCUGGUGCCGCUGCUGCAAAAGUCGGCCGACCCCCGCAUCAUCAACGUCUCGUCGGCGCUGGGCUCCAUCCACGCCCGUCUCGACCCGCGCGAUCCCGCCUACGGCAUCGCCUCCGAGGCCUACCGCAUGUCCAAGGCCGCGCUCAACAUGGCCACGGCCUGCAUGUAUGCCACCUACAAGGUUUGGGGGGCCAAGGUAUGGGCCUACUGCCCGGGACAUGUCAUUACCAACUUGACUGGCGAAGGGGACAGGGGGGUGAGAGCACCUACUGGCGCUGCGAGUUCGACCUCGAGCGCCGCCGGCAUUGUCGACAUUGUACAAGGGAGGAGAGACGACGACGUGGGCCAGUUUUUGCAGAUGGGUGGAAGGAUAUUACAAUGGUAG